CUCUCUCUCUCUCUCUCUCUCUCUCUCUCUCUCAUCUGCAACCGCUAAAAGAUGCAAAGAAUUCAAUGGGGCCUAGUGAUUUGCUAGCUAUAACGUCCUGUGACAUUCUUUCUCCAUCUUCAUUUUCCUGGAAUUGUGAAUCUAAAUGAGUGCUUUCUGCAUUUCAACUUAGUGGUUCUCGUGAUUUCUUGAACAGUCUGCUCAUACAUUUCUAGUUUUUCCACGUUUCAGCCAAUGAUAGGAAUGGAUGAAGAACUCCUGAUUCAAAUGCAUGAAGAAAGGUUUUAAGAUCUGGGAAGGGUGUAUACCUCUGUGACUGUGACAGUGACAAUGCCAGUUCCUCUCGCUCCUUAUCCAAGGCCUACAGUGCCAUUUUCACCUCCUGCAAACGGUGCACAAAGCCAGCUUGUAUGUUCUGGUUGUCGAAACCUUUUACUCUAUCCAGUUGGAGCAACCUCCGUAUGUUGCGCUGUUUGCAAUGCAGUCACAGCUGUGCCACCUCCUGGCACGGAAAUGGCUCAGUUGGUUUGUGGAGGUUGUCACACCUUGUUAAUGUACAUUCGAGGAGCAACCAGCGUGCAAUGCUCUUGCUGUCAUACAGUCAAUUUAGCCUUGGAAGCAAAUCAGGUGGCACAUGUAAAUUGUGGGAACUGCAGGAUGCUGUUAAUGUACCAAUAUGAAGCUCGAUCAGUGAAAUGUGCAGUCUGCAAUUUUGUGACUUCAAUCGGGGCCUCAACAAGCACCACCGAACAAAAGUUCAACAGCUAAAUCUGUGUGAAAGUUAAGGGGGUUAUUACAAACUUCUGCAGUUUCAGUUUUGCAUCUAAAAGCACCCCCAGUCUUUGCAUAUCUGACGAAGCAGAGCAUUCUCACCCACCUAUCUGUAUAGAGUUAUUUUUUCCUUGCGUGACUUUAUUAUAGUAAGAAGCUUAAUCUACUUGGAAUUAUGAAAAGUAUUGUACAAGAAGACUCCGAGAUUAUAAAUGUAGGUUGACUGUUUUUGGAUAGUAAAAACAGGCAUUUUCCUUUAUUUAGAUAUGCAUCGGAGGCAUAAAGUAUUUCCUUUUUUUCUUUUUCUUUCUAUCUUUCUUCUUCUUCUCCGAUAAAUGAUUCUAAAUUUCAAAUUGAACAGACAAAUAAACAACUGAGAUCAUUAACGAGAUAGGGAAAAGGAAAAGGUGAAGGUGAGGAUCAUAUGAAAUAACCACUAAAAAAUUGACAUAUGCAUUUGAUUUGGAUUAUAAAGCGGAACAGAAAAGAAAAGAGUGGCUUGUAUAAAUAUGCUUUCAGUUCACUCAAAGAUAUCAUUUGUUACAUCCAGUAGAUAGUUUUUAGUGAUCUAUUGAAGAAGUUAGUUUUCUUAGAGCCCUAAAACACAAGUGCAACCCAAUUUCAAGUAAACUCUCUGCUUGUAUUAUAUUAAAAGCAGACAUGAAAGUACUAUCUAGAACUGCAAUCAUCACGAGCCUUAACCUACUAAGUGGGGCAGCUACAUGAAUUAUAACCGUCCAAUCCAGAACUGCAACCAUCUACUU